UCUAUGCAGUCUAUCGGCACAUCUUCGAAAUGAUUGCAAAGGAAGAAGAGGAAUCCAUAGUAGAUGAAGAUUUUGAAGGAUUUCCAAACUUUGGAGACUCUCAGAGUGACUAUGAUACGGUCGUCCAUUGUUUUUAUGCGUACUGGCAGAGUUUCUGCACCCAGAAGAAUUUUGCAUGGAAGGAAGAAUACGACACUCGGCAGGCGUCCAACCGCUGGGAGAAACGGGCCAUGGAAAAGGAGAACAAGAAAACCCGAGACAAAGCAAGGAAGGAGAGGAACGAACUGGUCCGUGAACUGGUGGCCUUUGUGCGGAAAAGAGAUAAACGGGUGCAGGCGCACCGGAAGCUCUUGGAAGAGCAGAACGCCGAGAAGGCUAAGAAGUCAGAAGAGCUCCGGAGGCAGCAGAAACUAAAGCAGGCCAAGCUGGCAGAGCAAUACAAGGAGCAGAGCUGGAUUACCAUGUCUGACCUAGAGCGAGAACUGCAGCAGAUGGAAGCUCAGUAUGAAAAGGAGUUUGGAGAUGGGUCUGGCGAGGAAGAAGAGUUAGAAAAAGAAGAGAGGAAAGAGAACCAAGAAGAGGACAAAUUAAGUGAAGAACACGAUGCCGCCAGCCUUUUUGAUGAGCUCUACUGUCCCGCUUGUGACAAGUCCUUUAAGACGGAGAAAGCGAUGAAGAACCAUGAGAAGUCCAAGAAGCACAGGGAGAUAGUGGCUUUGCUCCGACAGCAAUUAGAAGAAGAGGAAGAAGCAUUUUCUGUCUCUACGGUUGAUGAGAACGGGUGGAACAGCGAAGAGGAGGCAGGAGAACCAGUGCCCAAACAAAAGCUGUCAAAGAAACAGCGAAGGAAGCAGCGAACAGCAGGUGCCCAAGAGGAUCCGCAGCAAGUCGAAGAGCCACGGCUGGUUAGCAGCAGUGACCCAGAGAGGAUAUCUCCAGAAUCAGAAAACGCCAGCAAAAGUAACAAUUCAGAUGAUGCUGGAGAAAAUUCAGCGCCUACAGUAGAAUCCACAACUGAAGUGAAAAGCAAUCCUAAAGGUAAAGGAAAGAAAGCAAAAGAGGCCAAGAAAACAUCUGCAAAAGUUUCUUCAGAGGACCAGGUAAAGCCUGAGGCCCCACUGCACUGUGUUACCUGCAGCUGUGAAUUUCAGUCGCGGAACAAAUUGUUUGAACAUCUGAAAACCACGGGGCACGCCAAAGCCUUAGCCCCCUCCACUGCCAACACAGCCGUCAGCAGCAGAAGCAAGAAAGAAAAGCGGAGAAACAGAUAGGGCUUCUGGAAAGCCUUGAGAACUGUGGAGUUAUUGUCACAUCCAUAGGCACCUUGUUGGCUCAGAAAGGGACAGGCCUUUCCCGCGUGACUUAACCGGGGUGGAGACUUGCUAGGCCCAGCCAUAAACAGAGCAGAAACACAUUUAAACCUGUGCAGCAUUGGGUACAGUAUCUGUUUGUGUCUGUAUUUUGUUUCAUAAAUUGGGCUAAAGCCUCCAGAUUGUCCAUAAAGAGAGCCUGCCUGCUCCUUAGAUUUGUAAAAACCUACCUGUACAGGUAAAGGAAAUAAAUUAUUUUACUGUA